AUGGGAUCCAAGACACCCGAAGAGCAGAUUCCUGGAGGCAAUGGCGGUCCGCCGUCAACCGGCCCUUCCUCCAGCGGCGGCGAGCCGCGUGGCACGCACCUCUCCCGCGAUGGGGACGGUAGCCUUGGAGACCAUGGCGACGACGACGACGCUGACGAAGACGAUGUUAGCUCCAGACCGUUGAGGGCAGAUGUCGAGGAGAAGAAGAAAAAGAAAAGGCCAAAAAAGAAGAAGAAGCCUGCCGCUGCAAAGGAGCAGUCGUCGCCCCCGAGGGUGCCGCUGAGCGACCUCUUUCCUUUGGGGGAAUACCCCGCCGGCGAGGAUCUCGUCUACGACAGAGUUCCUCAACCGGACGCUAACACGGCUCGAACCACGACCGCGGAGCUGCGGUAUCAGAGCCGCAAGCACCUUGAGGACCCUGCACUCCUCAACGACUACCGCAAGGCCGCCGAGGUGCACCGCCAGGUCCGGCACUGGGUCCAGGAGGCCGUCAAGCCUGGCUGGACGCUCCUCGACAUCGCCACCGGCAUCGAGGACGGCGUGCGAUCGCUCCUGGCCAACCAGGGGAUCGAGCCCGGCGACAACCUGAGGUCCGGGAUGGGAUUCCCCACGGGGCUGUGUUUGAACCAUGAGACGGCGCACUACACGCCGAACCCCGGGCAGAGGGACGUCGUGCUGCAGCACGGGGAUGUCAUGAAGGUUGACUACGGCGUGCAGGUCAACGGGUGGAUCGUCGACAGCGCCUUCACCAUGAGUUUCGACCCCACGUAUGACAACCUCCUGGCAGCGGCUCGGGAUGCAACAAACUCGGGUAUCAAGGCCGCCGGCAUCGACGUCCGCAUCUGCGACGUUAGCGCCGAGAUCCAGGAGGCCAUGGAGAGCUACGAGGUCGAGAUCCGCGGCAAGACGUACCCCGUCAAGGCGGUGCGCAACAUCUGCGCCCACGACAUCAAGCGCUACCGUAUCCACGGCGGCAAGUCGAUCCCCUUCAUCCGGAACAAUGACCAGACCAAGAUGGAGGAGGGCGAGAUUUUCGCCAUCGAGACGUUCGGCACAACCGGCCGCGGCAAGCUGUACGACGACAUUGGUGUCUACGGAUACGGACUCCUGCACGACGCCCCCGCGCAAGUGAGGUUGCCCUUCGCCUCCGCGAACCGGUUAUGUAAGACGAUCAAGGAACAAUUCGGGAGUAUCGUCUUCUGCCGUCGCUACCUGGACCGUCUUGGUUUGGACCGUUACUUAGCCGGGCUCAACUGCCUGGUCUCGCAUGGCGUUCUCGAGUCAUACGCGCCGCUCGCGGACAUCAAAGGAUCCUACACGUCGCAGUUUGAGCACACGAUCUUGCUGCGAGAGUCCAGCAAAGAAAUCGUGAGCCGGGGAAGUGACUACUGA